AUGGCAGUCACCGGUAUUUUCUGGAGAAUCGGUGGUCUUGCUAUAUUGUUCCUAUUUUUCCACGUUUCAAAUGGAGAUGUAAGCUAUUCUUUUCCGGAGGAGUUGAAGCGCGGAUCCGUGAUCGGAAACAUUGCAAAAGAUUUGGGUCUUGAAGCCAAUAGACUAUCAACCCGGAAGGCUCGCAUUGAUACCGAUGGAGGUGACAAACAUUAUUGUGACAUAAACCUACGAACCGGGGAUCUGACUGUUGCCGAGAGGAUUGACAGAGAGGGCCUCUGCGGAGACAAAGCGUCCUGCGUGCUGAAACAAGAGCUCAUGUUAGAGAACCCGUUAGAACUUCAUCGAAUUAGUCUGCAUGUCCAGGAUAUAAACGAUAAUUCUCCUCAGUUUAACAAAGAAUUAAUCCAUAUAGAUAUUCGGGAAUCCGCGGAUAAAGGGGCGCGUUUUCCUAUAGAAGAAGCACAUGAUGCUGACAUACGCAAAUAUUCAGUUCAAACGUACAAAUUACAAAACAAUGACAAUUUUAUUUUAGGCGUUGGAACCAACUCCGUGGAGCUUGUGCUGAACAAAGAGCUGGACCGGGAGGUUUUAACAGAAUUAGAUUUGAUUCUCACGGCGCUUGACGGAGGUUCUCCACCGAGGUCAGGCACCGCUUUAAUUCGCGUCACUGUGCUAGAUGCUAAUGAUAACGUCCCAGUGUUUAGCCAUGCAAUUUACAAAGCCAGCGUACCCGAAAACUCUCCUCAAGGAACUGUUGUAGCAACAGUAACUGCUACCGGUGCAGACGCGGGGGUCAAUGGAGAUGUCACAUAUGAAUUUGGACAUGUUUCGGAGGAAGUGAAAUCCAUGUUUACUAUUGAUCAUAAGACAGGCGAAAUAAAUUUAAAGAGUACAGUUGAUUUUGAAACAGCGUCAUCAUUUGAACUGCGUGUUACAGCAAAAGAUGGUUUGGGCUUAACCUCAUAUGCAAAAGUCAUAAUAGAUGUUACUGAUGUGAAUGACAACCCAUCCAUCCAUCCAUUUUCAUCCGCUUAUCCGGGGCCGGGUCGCGGGGGCAGCAGUCUAAGCAGAGAGUUCCAGACUUCCCUCUCCCCGGACACUUCCUCCAGCUCUUCCGGUGGGACCCCAAGACGUUCCCAGGCCAGCCGAGAGACGUAGUCUCUCCAGCGAGUCCUGGGUCUUCCUCGGGGCCUCCUACCGGUGGGACAUGCCUGGAACACCUCCCCAGGGAGGCGUCCAGGAGGCAUCCGAACUAGAUGCCCGAGCCACCUCAGCUGGCUCCUCUCGAUGUGGAGGAGCAGCGACUCUACUCCGAGCUCCUCCCGGGUGACAGAGCUCCUCACCUUAUCUCUAAGGGAGCGCCCAGCCACCCUGCGGAGGAAGCUCAUUUCAGCCGCUUGUAUCCGUGACCUUGCCCUUUCGGUCAUGACCCAAAGCUCAUGACCAUAGGUGAGGGUAGGAACGUAGAUUGACCGGUAAAUUGAGAGCUUUGCCUUUCGGCUCAGCUCCCUCUUCACCACGACGGACCGAUACACCGACCGCAUUACUGCAGCCGCCGCACCGAUCCGUCUGUCAAACUCACGCUCCUUCCUUCCCUCACUCGUGAACAAGACCCCAAGACACUUAAACUCCUCCACUUGAGGCAGGAACUCUUCUCCAACCUGGAGAGAGCAAACCACCUUUUUCCGGUCGAGAACCAUGGCCUCAGAUUUGGAGGAACUGAUUCUCAUCCCAGCCGCUUCACACUCAGCUGCAAACCGCACCAGCGCACGCUGGAGGUCCUGGCCUGAUGAAGCCAACAGGACAACAUCAUCUGCAAAAAAAGAGAUGCUAUCCUGUGGUCCCCAAACCAGACCCCCUCCGGCCCCUGGCUGCGCCUAGAAAUUCUGUCCAUAAAAAUAAUGAACAGAACCGGUGACAAAGGGCAGCCCUGCCGAAGUCCAACAUGCACCGGGAACAGGUCUGACUUAUUGCUGGCAAUGCGAACCAAGCUCCUGCUCCGGUUGUACAGAGACCGAACAGCCCUUAGCAAAGGGCCCUGGACUCCAUACUCCCGGAGCACCCCCCACAGGAUGUCACGAGGGACGCGGUCGAAUGCCUUCUCCAGAUCCACAAAGCACAUGUAGACUGGUUGGGCAAACUCCCACAAACCCUCAAGCACCCUGCUGAGGGUAUAAAGCUGGUCCAGCGUUCCACGACCAGGCCGAAAACCAGAUUGUUCCUCCUGUAUCCGAGGUUCGACUAUCGGCCGAAUUCUCCUCUCCAGUACCCUGGCAUAGACUUUCCCAGGGAGGCUGAGAAGUGUGAUCCCCCUAUAGUUGGAACACACUCUCCUGUCCCCCUUUUUGUAAAGAGGGACAACCACCCCGGUUGUCCAGUCCAGAGGAACUGUCCCCCUCCUCCACGCGAUGUUGCAGAGGCGUGUCACCCAAGACAGCCCCACAACAUCCAGAGACUUGAGGUACUCAGGACGGAUCUCAUCCACCCCCGCUGCUCUGCCACCGAGGAGCUUACCAACUACCUCGGUGACCUCAGCCUGGGUGAUGGGCGAGUCCGCCUCUGAGUCCCCUGCCUCUGCUUCCUCAGCAGAAGGCAUGUCGGAGGGGUUGAGGAGAUCCUCAAAGUACUCCUUCCACCGUCCGAUAACAUCCCCAGUUGAGGUCAACAGCUCCCCACCUCCACUGAAAACAGAGUUGGUAAAGAACUGCUUCCCCCUCCUGAGGCGCCGGACGGUUUGCCAGAAUCUCUUUGAGGCCGAGCGAUAGUCCUCCUCCAUGGCUUCCCCAAACUCCUCCCAAGCCCGAGUUUUUGCCUCCGCAACGGCACGGGCUGCAGCACGCUUGGCCUGCCGGUACCUAUCGGCUGCCUCAGGAGUCCCACAGGUCAACCAUACCUGGUAGGACUCCUUCUUCAGCUUGAUGGCGUCCCUUACCUCCGGCGUCCACCACCGGGUUCGGGGAUUACCACCACGACAGGCACCGGAGACCCUGCGUCCACAGCUCCGAACGGCCGCGUUGACGAUGGAGACGGAGAACACGGUCCACUCUGACUCUAUGUCUCCCACCUCCCUCGGAAUCUGGUCAAAGCUCUCCCGGAGGUGUGAGUUAAAGGUCCGUCUGACAGAGGGUUCAGCCAGGCGUUCCCAACAGACCCUCACAAUACGUUUGGGCCUGCCAAGUCGUUCCAGCCUCCUUCUCUGCCAGCGGAUCCUACUCACCACCAGGUGGUGAUCAGUUGACAGCUCAGCCCCUCUCUUCACCCGAGUGUCCAAAACAUAUGGCCGAAGGUCAGGUGAAACGACUACAAAGUCUAUCAUCGACCUCCGGCCUAGGGUGUCCUGGUGCCAUGUGCACUGAUGGACACCCUUAUGUUCGAACAUGGUGUUAGUUAUGGCCAAACUGUGCC